AUGAGGCGUUUCGCAUUUGUCCUAUUUGUGGCCUUCGUCCGGGCGAUGCCAGCCCUGGAUAAAGAAGUAUCCGAUCCUAGCCUGGCUAACAGCGUCAUCGGCGUGGUCAAAGAAUGCGUUGAAGAGGAUGUUUCGUUGUGUCUUAAGGAAAAGGCCUUAAGAUAUGUCGAGAGUCUGUCUUCUGCGAGGGAGAUGGAUUUGGCUGAUGGCAUCACUUUAAUUGGCACUGGUUCACCAAGGUCUGCUAGGUCUUUUGAGCCGUUAGCAGAAGAACCUAAAGCUAGAGAAUCCCAAGUGGAGUCGAGACUCGUAGACUCAGCUGCUGACUUCUUGGAAAAUCACGUGAUCCAGUUCCGUAUGCCAUCAUCAGCCAUCGAGGGAAUGAAGAGGUCUCUUGAAGAAGCUCGUGGUAAGAAGAAGAAGAUUAAGCAGCUCCUCCCUCUUUUGGCUAUCGCAAAACUGAAAAUCAUGGCCCUUAUUCCCUUAUUCCUUGGAAUUAUUGCCUUCGCUGCUGCUAAAGCAGUACUCUUAGCUAAGAUUUCCCUUCUGGUUGCUGGUAUCAUUGCCCUCAAGAAGUUACUCGCCAGCAAACACCACGAGACUAGUUAUGAAGUAGUCGCCCACCCACACCAUGAAGAGCAUUACGCUAGCAGUGGACACGGCUGGGGCAGGUCAAUUGACGAAGCCCAAAACCUCGCCUAUUCAGGACACAUGAAGUCAGACUAA